GGCGGCAUCCUGAUGACAAGCCACAGAAUGAUAAUCUCAUAAGAGAUUUAAAACCGGGGGCUAAUUUGCCUGCAUUCAUCCUAUCACAAAACGGAUCGGCGAUUUGUUAACGUGGGAGCCAUUGCGCAUGACACAAGCUGACAGUAGACGUUUUCUGCAGUCGGCUUCUGGCACCUGCGCUUCAGAGUGUUCUGCGCAGAACAACACCGACCGCUUUAUCUGAACAGCCUCGGUCUGUAUCGGACAGGUUCUUCUUCUGGUAUACAGUUACUUGUAGGGAAGUGUCUUUUUGGUGUAGGAUAGUCCACAAAGUGUCUAGGACAUCAACCCCUCGCACUGGUUAAAUCUAGAAUUGAAAGGAUUUUCACUUUCCGGACAAGUUUUCGAUUUUACAAACCAGCAGGUGUCUCGUGUCCGGGAGAUCACAAUGUUCUCCCAGUCGCAGAGCGGCAACACGACAGCUUUCCUGAUCGAGAACAUUCUGUUUGACAAGCACAAGGACUGUCCUCGGCACGGCGAGUUGGUGGUGCCGCAGCCCACACGGAACUCUCUGGUGGAGGUGGGUUUCCCCGGCGUGCUGGCACCGGCACCCUCCGCCUUCCUCCCGCACGGCUUCCACCCCUACCUCCACAAGCCGGGUCUGCACUCUCACUAUCUUCUACACAGCCAUGGGAUCCCGAUGUCCCCGUUGUACCAUAACGGCGGGUUCCCCGGAAAGCCGAUCCGCCGGCGGAAGGCCCGGACGGUGUUCUCGGACUCGCAGCUGAACGGUCUGGAGAAGCGGUUCGAGAGUCAGAAAUACCUGUCCACACCGGAGAGAAUGGACCUCGCCGCCGCACUCAACCUCACAGAAACACAGGUGAAGACGUGGUUCCAAAACAGACGUAUGAAGCACAAGAAGCUCCAGAGGAAGAGAGAAAGCGACAGACCGCCGUCGGCCUCUUCGGCAGACGAUGUUGCCAGACCCGAGCACCAGGCGACGAUCCAUGACAAACUAGACAUCUGUGCGAGUCCUGAGGUCGCCUCAGACACAGAGGACUGAAAUGUUGCCAUUCUGAAGGUUGAAUAUUGUUUUAAGAUUGAUUUAUCAGCCAGGGAAAUCACUUUGCAUGAUUUUUGCUCUCAUCUACCUAAGAUUUAUCAAAUGCGUGUGUUGUUAAUAAUUCUGAAAAUGUUUGCACCUAUAAAGACUUUCGAGCCAACGAAGAUCAACUUCAAUUGUACAGUAAGAUGUUUUCUGCGCACUAUGUAUUUGAUGACACCGAUUGAAACGAAGUAUAGUUGUUAUUAGUCCCCUUUUGUAUUUUCUAUCUACUUUGUCUGUUUUUAUCUUUGCCAGUAUUAAAGCGUACGGUUCAUCUAA